UUUUUACACCUUUUUCAACUGUUUUCAGCUAUUUACUCACACCCCUGUGACAAGGAUGUAAAGUAAAAAGGUCCUGAAUGUUACACAAUAGAUUAACUCAAAAGUCUAAGCUUUGCUGCUCGUUUGAAAUUUGUAUAGGUUUCGAGACAGAUGAACAUCAAGCCUUGAAGGUACUAGUAUUUUACAACGAGGCAUUUCCUUGUCCCGCUACUCGGGCGAGGCGCGGGCGAGGCGCGUGGUCGAGCAACUCGUGAACAACUCGUGAACACCCCACUCACAAGCAAAUUCGCCCAGACAAACGUGCCCACACACCCAGUGACGGCAGAACUGAUGAGGCGAGUAGGACUUCAGUGGGUGCCUUUUUCAUUGCUGUACGGUACAUUUGUCGUAGUGAUCACUGAUGGAACCAUGUUUUUAGAACGAGGCCAACGUGGGAUCGUGCCCUGUCCCCUGCCGCAACCAGAAGACGUCGACGCAAUGUACUGGUACUUUGGCUCAACAAGUGACACAUCCAUCCUCAUCUCGUACUUCUUGGGAAGAGUGGCUCCCCAAAACGGGAUCCCAGAGGGCGUCUAUGAUAUCGACAAUGAGUUCAAUCUCGUCAUUGAGAACGUCACCGCCUCCAAGGAGGGAACCUACUACUUUAAGCUUAAACCGCAUUUAUUAAGCAUGAAAGAGGGACAGAUUGAAGUUUGUGACAAGGUCUCCCCAAGACAUCCAUAUCCUACUGUCAUCGGCUGCAAUCAAGACCACGACGCAGACACGUGCGAGGUGAGAGUACGACACGACAGCACGGUGCGCACCCUGACCUGCGUCAUGGAGCAGGUCAAACCUGCCGUGGAAUUGAGGUGGAUCCAUGUGUUUAGGGACAGGUUUUUGGAACUCAAGGCCUCUACAGCAGUAAGGCCUGUAGUUCUACCGGCUUACACGGGUUCGUCGAUGAGGAACAACACCUAUUCAACUUCAGCAUCAAUCCAAGUUCCUUCAGUACACGGUGAUGCAGAAUGCGUGUGCGAGGCAAUAGGUGUUGCAGUAGGUAACGGAACUCGCACGAGGGUAUACAUUACAGGUGCAUUCGGCCAUGCGAACACCAAUGGAAAGGUGCUCUUGGAACGAGGCCAACGUGGGAUCGUGCCCUGUCCCCCGAUCAAGUCUAGCAAAUUCUCCCCAGAAAUUGUCGUAGCGAUGUACUGGUACUAUGGCUCAAUCAGCAGGACAUCCCUGCUGAUCUCGCACUUCUUGGGAAGAGUGGCUCCCCAAAACGGGAUCCCAGAGGGUGUCUAUGAUAUCGACAAUGAGUUCAAUCUCGUCGUUAAGAACGUCACCGCCUCCAAUGAGGGAACCUACUACUUUCAGCUGAAACCGUAUUUGAAAAUGGUAGAAGCAGGACAGGUUGAAGUUUGUGACAAGGUUUCCCCAAAUCAACCAUAUCCUACCAUCAUCGGCUGUGAUCCAGACAUUCAUGAUGCAGAAACAUGCCAGGUAAGAGUAUGGAAUGACAGCACAGUGCAGAACCUGACCUGCGUCAUGGAGCAGGUCAAACCUGCUGUGGAUUUGAGGUGGAUCCUUGUGUUUUGGGGCGGAUGGAGGGAUCUCAAUGCCUACCCAACAAUUGAGCGGUCGUUGAGGAAGAAGAACACCUACUCAACUUCAGUAACAGUCCAAGUGACAGUAGCUGAUGAUGAGGAAGUAUACGUGUGUGAGGCAAUGGGUGUUGUUGUUGGCAAAGGCACACGCAUGAAAGUACGCUUUACCAAAAGUCACCUCACAACUGCAACUUACGAAGAAGUUCAGUCCUCUAUCAAUCCAGGAACAAUGCUUGUUUUGGCCAACGAAGUACCACCAACUGCAAGCAAACCUGAUGAGUUAUGCGUCCCUCUGAUUGCGCUAUGGGUCGGGUUUUCAAUCUCAGUCAUCCUCAAUGUCAUUGUGUUUGUUUGCUCUGGACAUAUGUAUCGAAAGAGGAAGCUUAAUGGAGACAAUAGUGCAUCCAAUAUGCAGCCUUACAAUAAAGUGCCAACUACUUCCAGCAGUGACCAUAACACAGAGUCCAACGUAUGAAGUUAUUUUGAGAAGUAUGAAUUUUUUUUUAGUUUCUUGGAGUACGUGUCAAUCUUAUUCUCCUACUCCAUUUCACAACUGUUAUACAAAUCACAUGGCAUCUCAUCCACACAUCCUAUCAAUAUCUUGGGUGACCAAUGAGUACUAUUAUAAAUCUACAAUCUAAUCGUCAAUUAAACAGGAGAAUCCACCUCUCCUUUUCAUUUCUUUGGAGAAAAUAUCUUGAAUUGCAUCAUCUUAGGUAAAAAUUGCGUGAGAUGUCUUCAACUUUUGUGACAAAGGCCUCCUCCAUCCUACCCUGUUAUCUGAUCAAUGUAGUAAUAUGGCAUUCAAACAAAUUAAUGUGACCACACGCAAAUGGCUGCACGACACCCUUCCAUAGACCAGUGCUGUGCAAAACUUAGUAUACACAAUAAUGCUCCAAACCUCGGCUACUUUUGAAUUGUUUUGCGUUUUACCAACAGAAGUACUACAUUCAAAUUUAAACAAAAAAGGAGACGCAUUUGGCGGAAUAGCAUUUGUCUCAGUUUUGUACAUAUUAAAAAAAUCCUGACAAGUUCACGUGCCUCCAAAUAGACGUUUCUUUUGAGUGUUUGUGCUUCAUUCUUUAUCAAAUCCUUUCUGUAAAUUAAUGUAAAUUAUGCAUAAAAUGGCAAAAAUUAUGAUUCCAGUUUGCUAACUUUUGUAUAGAUCUUUAACCUUGACUGUUUAUGUAAUAUACCUUUAAAGUGGUCCAGUUGUGUAAGGACAGUAUAACGUGGAUUUUGUUUACUAUUCAACUAUAGGCCGAUGUCCAUAUUGAGAGUUACUAAACCAGUGUUCAUACUGUCAAACAAUUCAUGUAUAAUAUAUACAUGUAGAAUGUUGCAUUGCCAAAUGAUGCAUUUUUGUCAGAGGACAGUCAUGUUUGCUCAUUCAGGACCAAUCGUUGCAUUUUGUUGUACACGCAAAAAUGUUUCUGUGUUUCUGAUUAUGUUGAAAUAGGUACAAGUGGACAAUUUGAUUGUUUUUAUCAUUGCAAGCCUCUUCAAAGUAUUGAUUGACACUAGAUUUGUUUGUUCGAAGUAUGAUCAAUUUUCUCGUACCAAAAAUGACACUUUUGUUUCUAACAGUUUUGAUAUUUUGCAGUUGCCCAGGUGAUAACAGUCGUUUAUAACAUGCCCAAAUGCAACCAUUCUAUUUGGUAAAAGCAGUUCUGCAGGAGAGAAAAAGUAUACUUUGAAUCAACAUUAUGAUUUAUUCACAUUGGAAGUGUAAACUGAAUGCAAAUAAUGUUUAACUGUUGUUGCUGGCAUGACACAUGAAAGAAGAUUUUGAUUAAAAUGAGAUUUACACACUGUAACUGCAAAGCUGAACUGAUUGCAAUUUUAAAUGACGGGAAUUUUUGUACUCAUUAAUUUACACAUCUCAAGGGAUAUGGGAUGGGAUCAUUUGCAUUUAUCCCAAAAGUAACCUACCGAAUUGUAAUCAAAAAGCUCACUUGGAUUAAAGAUCGUACUGGUACUAAACACCCUGUGAAAUUAUUCCAUCUGGC